AUGCUCUUCUCUCAGGCGCUCGAGAUGCUGCGUGCGUGGGAGCAUGGCAAGAGUCUGCUGAGCCCGAUGCUCUCAAGCUCUUCGGUGCUGUUCCUCUCCAUGCGGAAAUCACCCGCGGUGUACGGCUUCAUCUGUGGAGCCAUAGCUCUCCGGCUCAUGCCGACACUUACUUGCACGCUCAUCAUCCCACUCGCUAUCAUCAUGAGAUGCGCUCCUUCGGUCAAGGAAGGUGAGGAAGAUGCUGAGGAGAGGAGAGCGAAGAAAGUGGAGCUGCUAUCUUCAACAAAUCGCAAGCCCGAAGAAUUAGCAGAGGAGGAGGUUGAGGAUCAGACCUUUGUUGAGAAUGAGGAGAGGGACGCUAGCAAACUCGAAGAAGAGCUUCAGCUCCUGAUGAGAUUGGUUCAUCGUGACUUCAUCGCGACAUGGUUCAGAACAUACAUUUCUACGGAUCCCGACUUCUUGGAGCAUGCCAAGAGAUUGAUUUCCGUCUUCGUUCACCGCAUCUCGAAGCGCCUGUCUGCCAUGAACACUUGUCAGUGGUUGUUCUUCAUCGAGUACUCCCUCGCCGUCCUGCGAGAGCAUAUCCGCUGUCAUGGUAUGAGCAUGCUCAGGAUGUGUGAGAACCGAAGUUCUGAUGGAGAGAUCAAGAAGGAGUUUGAGGGUCCCAAGUUUUGUGCCGACACCUUGCUGGAGGAGUACAAGAAAUGCGUCACUUAUCCUUUCUCUCAAGAGCUUCAUCCUGGAGCCGAUCAUAUUGAAAACGAGAUGAAGAUGUGGAGGAAUGUUUUGCAUCACGUUCUCAACACCUUUCUCCCGGGUCAAGAGGAGUACGUCUCAGAGAUUCAACGCGGGGCGUUUGCGAUCAUUCGAGAGAUCCUAACGACGAAAUGUCUUCCGUUGCUUACCCGCGCGCUGUCUGAUCCAGACUUCAUCAACGGGAUCCUGAUAGCUAUCUGUAAAGGGAGCGAAUCCUCACAGCAGCACGAGGAAAUUGUUAGAAAGGACGGAGAGGAACACGUCGGCCAUGGCGAGGCGAAGGGGGAUGAGGAGGAGGACGAUUACGAUGUCAAUUGUGCUCCUUCGAAUUCUGGUAGAGAUCUGAGGUCGCAGGAAUCGCUCGAUUGCCUUGCAGACUCUCUCGACAAGGAGGAGGAGGAGGAGGAGGAGGGAGGACUGUUGCAAAGGCUUCCAAAGAUUCCACGUAGGAGUGCGAGCGAGGAGCCCAAGGGCCGACAAGCGCUGGCGGAAGUGACGAGAGCGGAAAUGAACAAUGCGCGAGUUGUGACCGCAGGGGAGGGCAAGCAGGAAGCGGCCGCGGCAAGCUUGCAGUGGUCGAGGACGGAAAAGUUUGCAAGCUACACCAUCCUAGUUCGCUAUGAGGACGCGCGAUCAACCAGGGUAUCGAGACGCUUCAUGGACUUCUCGAAGUUGCACAAGAUGCUCGAAGACUCGCACAGGGGGAUGCGCGUCCGACUGCCGGAGAGGCAAACAGAGCUGCAGAGAUACCUGGACAAGAUCCUCAUGGAGGAGGAGCUCGCCAAGUCGGAGAUCUUGGCUGCUUUCUUAGCUGGGCCGCACAAGGAUGGAAUUGAUCACUUCGCGCACAUGGUGGAAAACAGGAAGAAGAAGGGCAAGUGGAGGUCGUUUGCUCCUCAGCUCACACGCGGAUCGAAGGAGAGCAGCGAGCAGCAGAACGAGGCCCAGGCUCGUCCAGCAGACACGAAGAAAGUCUUGCAGGAUGAGGAUGAGGUCUUGGAGGUGGAAGUGGUCCUGGAAGAGGUUGGCGAGGUAGUAUGGGAGGAGGAGGUCCAGCAGGAGGAGCGACAAGCGAAUGCGGAGCAGGGGGAGGACGAGCAUGCCACUGAACACACGGAGGAGGACGGCAAUCAGACGUCCCCACAUCAGGCAGUGAAGAUGGAGGAGCAGGAGGAGCAUCAGGAGCAGGAGGAGCAGACAAAGGAGACGCACGUGGCCUCGUCUCCUGACCCUGAGCCCCAUCAACCGGCGGAGAGGAAGCAUGCGAUGGAGGAGGAGAGGGCGAAGGGCGGGAGGAGCAGGACAAGGAAGGCAAAACACCGACGAGGGAGGAGCAUGGAAAGAAUGUCUGACCUGCGCACGGGGACUCUUGCCCUUGCUUUCUUCGAUGUUCUAGACGAGCUCCUCGCCCUCUCGCAAGCCGGUUGGCUGAGGAAACAUGCUCGCAUCCUCCUCCGCCGUCUCCUCAACUUGACCUCCUAUGAUCUCUCCGUGGAAUCAAAGUUGCUGGAGCUGGUGGAGAAGGCGUGUCAAGAAGAGACCAUGGUGGCGCUCUUUCGGCGCAUCAGGAUGGCGUUCUGGCCCGAGGGAGAAUCUUUCUCCCUCUCCCCUCCUCGCACUCAACAGCAACGGGAGGAGCGCGCAAGAGACUGCGAGCAAGCACUGAAGUUGCUCUUCACUCGCCCCCCUCUCCCCAUGCUUCUUGGACGGUCAGGGUGCGAUAGAGCAGCGAUGCGCGUCUUUCAGAUGCUUCAGACCGGCACUCUCAAUCGCCAUGUCGUCCUCGUCCUCCUCGAUGCCGUCUUUUGCUCCAUCUUCCCAGAAGUCCGCUCCUCCUCGUCUUCCUCCUCCUACAACCUCGAUGGUCCCAAAGCAAGCUGUCCCUUCCUACCGAGCCGGGGACAAGAAGGUCGGGAGCAGGCGCUGGAGCAGGCGCUGCUGCAGGCCAUGGCGCAGGUGGAGGAUCUCACUGCACAGCUCCAAUCCCUCAACAUCGACCCGCUGCCCUUGCAGAUGAACUCAGAUGCUUCGCAGAGCGCUGCAUGA